AUGGAGAUCUUAAGAUUGUUGCCGAGGACCGAGGUUAUUAGCGUACCAAAUGUAUCUGAGGAAUCAAUUCCCCUGAGAACGUUAGAGGUCAUUGGGUUUCAUGUUCUUCCUUCACAGGUACAAUCAGUGAGGCUUAUAUUUGAAAGACACCCUGAAGCUGCAGUAGAAUUCCGCGCAAAGAACCAGCAUCUGAGGACAACAUAUAUAAUUUUCCUGCUUAGCUUAAUCGAGACGCUGUACCAGCCACUUCAGGAGCUUUCCAGUGAAGAUCUAGUGGAAGCGGACAUAGCCUUAACAUACUUGAAAGAUGCUGGAUUCAAGGUGGAUUGGUUGGAGAAUAAGCUAGACCUACUAAAGGCAAGGAAGGAGAAAGAGAAGGCUUGCGAGGUACGAGUACAAGAAAUGGAGGUACAACUUCAUGACUUGAAGCAUAAGUUUGAGAUUGAAAAGGCAGAGUUAGUCGUUUGCAACUAG